AUGGACGCCAAGACACUCUACCCAGACUUCGACGACCUCCCCAAGGUUGAAGGUCAACCCCAGGGAUGUGCUUGGGGUCUCUUCGACAAAGACGGCGUCAAAGAUAUCUACGGCACUCUGAACUUCAUCACCCCCGAGACCGUCAAAGCCGCAGCUGCUGAAGUUCAACAUGGCAUCUCGGUCUCUCUCAACUGGUCCCUAAACGCCAUAAAAUUUCCCUUCGGACACCGCCAGGCCCCCGUCCACACGCCCUUUGCCCUGCCCGCCGAAAUGGGCACCAAAGGCCUGCACGGCUUCGACGACUCGCUCACUUUCAACACGCAGUACUCAUCGCAGUGGGACUCGUUGUGUCACGUCACGCAUUCGCACUCGGGAGAGACGUAUAAUGGGUUUGUGCCUACUGUUGAGAAAUUGUCCUCUACUACCUCUACCAAAAAAGAAAACGAAAAGGAAGGUCUGCUCCCAACCAUCGACCGCUGGCAUACAAGGGGCGGCUUAGUGGCUCGGGGCGUGUUAAUCGAUUGGAAGCGGUACGCCGAGGAGGUCAUUAACUCCAAGGGAGAAACAGGACCAAAAUGGCAUCCGCUAGACGGGUACAAAAUCACUUUUGACGACCUGGAGGCGGCGGCGAAACAUUUCGGUGUCGAGUUCAAAGUGGGCGAUGUGUUGCUAGUGAGGACGGGGAUGACGAGCGUCAUGGAGAACCCGACGCCGGAGGAUUUUGGGAAGAUGGCGGACUCGAAGUUGGCGGGCGUGGAGGGCAGCGAGAGGACGGCGAGGUGGGUGUGGAAUAAGAGGUUUGCGGCUGUGGCGGGGGAUUCUGCUGCUUUUGAGGCGAUUGAGUAUUCGAAGGAGACGGGGUGCGAUCUUGUCCUCCACAGGUAUUUCCUCACCAUGUUCGGCAUGUCCAUUGGCGAGCUGUGGGAUCUUGACGCCCUCGGCGAGGCGUGCAAGAAGACGGGGAAGUACAGCUUUUUGUUGACCUCGGCGCCGCUCAACCAUCCGGGCCUGGUCGCCUCUCCUCCCAAUGCUACCGCUGUACUUUGA